AUGAGUGCCCAGCCGAAUGCAAAAGAGUCGAUGAAAUCCACUUGGCGUCGAUGGGAUCGAAGCCAGUGGAAAAUCCCCCACAAAAUCUUCGAAAGGGCCAACGUCUACCACGUCGACCUUGACCGAGAAGUCCCAGUUCACUCAAAGCAAGAUAAAGUGCCUUAUCUUUCCGACUGGUCGAUGAACAUUUGGGUCAUUGUCCACGCAGGCAUUCCACUACUCCUCCAUCAACUAUACGUCUACUUCACCGGGAAGAACUUUGGGCCUAUUGUCGCUUUCGGUUUCUACUACUAUGCGUCUAGAAUAUUUACGACCCGCGAACUGCGCAACAUGCGAGAGCUUGGACACAAAUAUGGAUUCCUGGACGGUGAUAAGCAUGAGCGAGAUGGUGUGCCUGAUGAGGGUGUGUCUAAGGCUCUGACAUCAGUUAUGCUUGCGGGCUUGGUGCGCCCCUUGAUGACGGUUUACCUCACUUAUCAAACCGACAAAGCGCCUAUAUCAUUAAGCUGGCAGUCCCUUCCCCUAGAGGUUAGCUUGUAUGGUAUCGUUCUCGACUUCUGGUUCUACUGGUACCAUCGUAUCAUGCACGACGUCAACAGACUGUGGAAGUAUCAUCGCACACACCACCUGACGAAGCAUCCGAAUCCCCUGCUUACGAUCUACGCCGACUCGGAACAAGAGUUCUUUGAUAUUGCGGGAAUCCCUAUCAUGACCUAUCUGACAAUGAAGUUCAUGGGAUUCCCGAUGGGCUUCUACGAAUGGCACAUUUGCCAGCUCUAUGUUAUGUUCGCGGAGUUGGCGGGACACAGCGGUCUUCGUAUUCAUGCAUCGCCUCCAAACCCUCUCACCUGGCUGAUGAGAAUGUUCAACGCCGAGCUCGUUAUCGAGGACCACGAUCUUCACCAUCGCAAGGGUUGGCGCAAGAGCCAUAACUAUGGCAAGCAAACUCGCGUUUGGGAUCGGGUUUUUGGCACGUGCAGUGAUCGAAUUGAGAGCGUGAGCGAGAAUGUCGACUAUGAGAAUACGCUUUGGAUGUCACUCUUUUAG